CCCCGGGCCCCCGUCCUCCAGCUGACGCGCGGCUGGAGCCGUUCCCCGACGGGCAGCGGGGCGCUGGGUCGCCGCGUUUGGGCUGAGCGCGGCGACGCUGCUGCCCCGAAAUCCUCCCCGAUCUUGAGGCGUAUGGAACCUCAAGGUCUUUAUGAUAAUGGAAACCAAAAAAUUGAUUGGUAAACCGCUUCAACCAGCAAGACCUGUUCGUCAUCUGACUUCUCCCCCUGAAUUUAAAAACCGAAGAAAAAGACUCUUAAUAGACUGUGAGUCCAUAAUCUACCAGACCAACAAAGGAGCAGUAUUCCCUUUCAACUUUCAAAAUGAAUAUUCAUGCAACACUCAGUGCUUACAAAGUGGAGUUAGCAGAUGUAAGACGAAUGGAAUGCAAGCCUUUUCUCAAGGUCAUAAUGAACAACAGCAACAUCAGUCUCCAGUUAAAAAAGAGAGAAUUAAAUACAGCAGAGAUUUCCUGUUGAAGCUCUCAAGUGUUUCCAUCUGCAGAAAAAAACCAGACUUUCUGCCUGAUCAUCCCAUUGUACUUAAAAAACCAGAAAACCACCAAAGUUUUAAGUAGCAUUUUAAGAACAGAUGAAUUUGAAAUAAAGAAUUAUUCGUUUUCUAUUUUGGACACCUGCAAAUGAAGUGGAUCUACUAACAAUAACUAACUGUAAUGGACUGUGACAAUUCAGUUUAUUUUUAAUUUUGAUGGUUGGGUAUUUGGUUUCUCC